AUGGAUUCUAUAUUAAAUAUACUUCUACGACGAUUAUCCUAUGCAUGGGAGACUUUACAAGAUAUUAUUAAUGUUCCGAAAAGGCAACGACGACUUAUUAUGGUCAUUGUAUGUAUUGCUUUAUUACUUGAUAAUAUGCUUUAUAUGGUCAUUGUACCGAUUAUUCCAGAUUAUUUACAAAGUAUAGGAGCAUGGUCAUCAAGUAAAAGUAAUAUAACAAAAAUAAUAUCAUUAAAUGACAAAGUUUCAAAAGUAAAUACUAAAAAUAAUGAUGAUGAUGAUAAUUCCGAAGAUGUUGCUGUUGGAACAUUAUUUGGUUCAAAAGCAAUAAUACAACUAUUAAUUAAUCCAUUUAGUGGUGCAUUAAUUGAUCGUAUUGGUUAUGAUAUUCCAAUGUGUAUAGGACUUGGUGUCAUUUUUUUAUCCACAACAACAUUUGCAUUUGGUCGUUCAUAUAGUGUUUUAUUUUUAGCACGAAGUUUACAAGGUGUUGGUUCAGCUUUUGCUGAUACAUCUGGUUUAGCAAUGAUUGCUGAUCGAUAUCCAGAUGAAGCUGGUCGUAGUCGACAAUUAGGUAUUGCUUUAGCAUUUAUUUCAUUUGGAUCUCUUGUUGCUCCACCAUUUGGCGGUAUUCUAUAUGAAUUUUUUGGUAAACGUGUACCAUUUAUUACAUUAGCUUUUAUUGCUUUACUUGAUGGUAUUCUAUUAUUUGUUGUAAUGCGUCCAAAUCGUCUUCGUGAAGCAUUUGAUUUUUCAAAUAGUGCCGGCGUGGACAAACCAAAAGGAACACCUAUAUGGCGUUUAUUAAUGGAUCCAUAUAUAGCUGUAUGUGCUGGAGCUUUAGCUAUGGCUAAUGUUGGUUUGGCUUUUCUUGAACCAACAAUAUCAAUAUGGAUGCGUGAACAAAUGAAUGCAACAGAAUGGCAAAUGGGUUUAAUAUGGUUACCAGGUUUUAUUCCUCAUGUUAGUGGAGUUUUUCUUACUGUUAAACUUAAUGAACUUUAUCCAAAAUAUCAAUGGUUAAUUGCUUUUGUUGGACUUGCUCUUGAAGGUAUUAUGUGUGCUUUUAUACCAUUUUGUAAAAAUUUUGGUGCACUUAUGAUACCCAUUAGUGGAUUAUGUUUUGGAAUUGCUUUGGUAGAUACAGCUUUAUUACCUACACUUGCUUAUCUUGUUGAUGUUCGUCAUACAUCUGUUUAUGGAUCGGUUUAUGCUAUUGCUGAUAUAUCGUAUUCACUUGCCUAUGCAAUGGGUCCAAUAUUAGCUGGUUCAAUAGUUUAUACAACAAAUUUUCUUACAUUAAAUAUGCUUAUAUUUGUUAGUAAUGUUGCUUAUGCACCAGUUUUAUAUAUUUUAAGAAAUUUUUAUACAUAUAAACCAAUGGGAAAUGAUGAAUUAACAUCAUUUGCACAUCAACCAUUACAUAAUGAACCUGAUGAGGAUAAUUAUUUAAGAUCAGUUGCAAAUAAUAAUUAUAGUACAACUAAUACGUAUGAUCCAACAUCAAAUCCUUGGUCAAAAUCAACAACAACGGGUAUGACAAAAGAAAAUCAAUCUCCACAAUUGAAUAUGAUUGGUCAACAAGGUGCAGUACGUUUUCAAUCAAAAUCAAGAAAUCCUGUUGAUUAUGAUGAUUUUUAA